AUGAAAGGCCUUCUGAAAGACACGCCGGCUACGAAGGGGGCCGGCCACGAUGCACCGGCUGGGUGGCUGAAGGACCUGAUAGCCAAUCGCGACCGUGUCCACGACUGGCGUCUUGAUAUUUCUCAGGGGCAACCUGUUUCCAAGAACCUGGGUUUCAGCUGGCACCCUGGGAUGAACAUGUUGAUCGUGAACGAUGCAGAGGUUGUGCGCCACAUCUUGAAGGACGAGUUCAACAAGUACACGAAGUCAGAACUCAGGUAUGAUCCGUUCUUCUUCUACGUCCAGGAUUUCCUGGGUGAUGGCAUUUUCGUUGUGAAGCAUGGGGUAGGUUCCGAAGAUCGUGGGCAAGACUGGGGGAACAUGCGCAAGGUCUCUUCUCAAAUUUUCAGCCGGAAGAACUUCAACUCUCUGAUGAACGAGGUUUUCAUCGAGAAGGCAGAAGUGGACCUGCAGUCGUCCUUCUUCAACUUCACACUCGACAGCAUCAUGCGCAUCUUCUUUGGUGAAGACUCCAACACAGCCGUUGGUGUUCCGAACGUGUAUGGCAAGGCCUUCGACACGGCACAGGCGAACAUGCGAAAUCAUGCGGUCGAGUCCAUUGCGCCCUACCUCAUGUUCAGCACGUUCUUGCCGUGGCCUUUUGGUGGCCAACAUGGAGGGUUCAACGCGGACUUUGUGAAGCAGAUGGUCUUGCACUUGAUCAUUGCUGGCAGAGACACCACGGCUUGCUUACUGUCAUGGACCUUCUACGAACUCACCCGCAACCCAGACAUUCAGUCUCGGCUUCAUGAGGAGAUCAUGCAAAAGCUGCCACCAGGCACGAAGCUGGAGAUGAAGAGCCUAUCCGCCAGUGAAAUGCCAUACCUGAAUGGCGUGAUCUACGAAGCUCUUCGGCUUUGGCCACCGGUGCCCUUCGACGUGAAGAUGGCCUUUGAAGACGACGUCCUGCCCGGUGGGUGGAAAGUGCCAGCUUUUACACAGGUGGGUUACUGCCCCUACAACAUGGGCCGGGAUCCCCAAAGAUAUCCAGAGCCAGAGGCCUUCCGACCAGAGAGAUGGAUCCCCUUUACUUCCCCGUCGCCCCAUGAGUUUCCUGUCUUCCAAGCUGGACCGCGGGUUUGCCUCGGCAUGGACAUGGCGCUUUUCGAGGCAAAGACUGCCACAGUGGAGUUGCUUCGUCACUGCCGGUUCGAGAUGGUACAGGGACAGAACGUGUCUUACGGUGACAAGAUUACCUUGGACAUCAAGAGCAAUGGCAAGGAGGAGUUCCUUGUACAUGUCCGGGACUGGUAG